AUGAGCCAACCUCGGGCACGUCGCGUCAAGUUCAGCCAGCAGGAGAUCCAAUCACAGCUGCAGCAGCUCUUCCUCUUCUCGAGCCUCUCGAGCAGCGCGACCGGCGACAUCGAGGCUCUGAGCCCCAUCCUGGUCAACAUCCAUCGCUCGAGACAACAGGAUGCGUAUCUGCGGGCUCUCAAGGCUUUCGUGGCCGAGAAGGAGAAGGAGAUCGAGGCGGUUUGCGGCAGGAACUACCAGGACUUUGUUGGAUCGGUGUCGGCGCUGCUGCGAGUGCGACAAGGGACGGUUUCGCUCAAGCAUCGCGUUGUCGAGCUGAACGACGACGUCCAGAAGAGCGGAGCUGGCUUGGCUGACAAGAAAAAGGCUCUCCUCGACGCGCGACGAGUCGGCCAGAACAUCGACGAGACUAUCGACACCCUCCAAGCAUGCCUUCGCGUUCUCGAUAUGGCGAGCAAGGUGCAGAACCUGAUACAGAACGCAAAGUACUUCUCUGCGCUGCGACAACUUGAAGACCUGCAAGCGACACACCUCAAGCCCGUCCUACACUACCCUUUCGCGACGCUCAUGAUCUCCUCCGUCCCCGACCUGCGGAACUCGAUUCGGGACGCCGUCACGCGCAGUUUGAAAGCCUGGAUGUACGAGGCGCGCGAGACUUCGAGGUCGGUUGGAAAGGGUGCGCUGGAUGCGAUGGAGCAGCGAGGAAGGCGAUGGGCUGCGCGGAAACGGAAGGAUGCGAGCCUGGGACUGGCGAAGAUCAAUGGGCCGAUUGAGCUGGGCUUGAGCGAGCGGCACGAGUACAACGUUCUCGACAACGACGCCGUCAAGAUUGACUUCAAGCCGCUCUACACCUGCAUCCACAUCUACGACACCCUCGACGCGCGAGAAGAGUUGCAGCUGAGCUACCAGGCCGACCGACGAGCACAAGCUGGCCUUCUGCUUUCGUCGACUUCCUCGCUGAACCCCUUCUCACUUCCCGCCCUCUCUACCCUUCUCGAAGAAAUCGUCGGCUUCUUCCUUAUCGAAUCGCACGUUCUCCGCACGACAAACUCGUUCCGGUCUGAGCAAGAUGUCGAAGACCUGUGGAACGGAAUGUGCGAGAGGGUCGUCAAGAUUGUCGACGAGGGAUUAGCGGGAUGCGAAGAGGCCGAAGUUUUCCUCGGUACCAAGUUCAAGGUCUUGACGUUCGUGCAGACGCUCGAGGGAUACGGCUACUCGGUCUCGCAUCUCAACAGCCUUCUCCUCACCCUCUUCGAGCGGUACUCCCAGCUGCUACAGCGGACGUUCAGCGCCGAUUUCGAGAAGAUCGUUGUCGACGACGACCAUCAGCCGAUGGUUAUUAACGACGAGGAAGAGUUUGGCAAGGUCGUCAGCGUUACAUGGCUACCGUCAAGCGGAGAAUGGUCGGCCGAGCAGCUCAAGUCGUCCGGUUUCCCGCUCGCACUGCCCUUCUCGCAAACAUAUCCACUUUGCUGCGUCGACAUUCGGUCAUUCACGGAGCAGUAUUACCAGUUCGCCGAAGGCUUCGCCGAGCACCACCGCGACAUUGACGAUGUCCUGCGGAAGGCGCUCGACAACCUCCUCAUCAAGCAAGUUAGCGAGAACAUCCAGCGGCGGCUCAACAUGAUCAGCAACCUGUCACAGCUCGCCCAGAUCGUCGUCAACGUCCUUUUCUUCCAGACUGCCUGCUCCGACCUCGAGACGCUCCUCGUCACGCUUCGGGCGACGCAACGAGGCGGCACGAUCCACCUCGACUCGCUUGCGUCCUUCCAGCAGACCCUCACACAAACGCAAGAUCGCAUGGUCGCUCAGAUCUCGCAAAAGGUCGACACCUUCUUCGAGGAGGCGCAAUACCCCUGGACGGCAACCCAGCCUCCGCCGCCUCAUACCGCCAACGAUGCAAGCGGCUACCUGCAGGACCUGAUCGACUACGUCUCGACGGUCAUGAUGAGCGUCCUGAUUCAGCUGCCCGAGUUCGCGAAGGAUUACGUCUACCGGGGAGCGCUGGCGCGGUGCGCGACCGUGCUGCAGUCCUACUUGACCGACAAGGAGCCGCGACAGAUCAGCGACGCCGGCUUACUUCACCUCGCCCGCGACGUGCGAUGGCUCGUCAACCACGUCAAGACCCUCGGCAACGAUCGCCUCGCAGACGUCUUCACCGAGCUCAACCAGCUCGUCACCCUUCUGACCGCUACGCCCAACAUUACCGACUACCUCGACCCGCAGGCUCGGUCAACGAGGUUCCACCGCGUCCAGCCGCGAGCGCUGCAGACUGUCCUCGUCAAGCUUCUCACGUUCUACAAUUCGCCGCAAGGCAGUGGGGUUGGUCAUCGGAGACGGCAGCAAGUGGAGGACCUCCUUCGCGCCCUGGCCCGCUAG